AUGGCAGCCAGCUCCUCUUUGUGUCAUGACGACUACACGGUCGGAUGGAUAUGCGCUUUACCCCUGGAGAUGGCAGCCGCAAAGUUAAUGUUGGACGCAAUACAUCCGGGUCUACCCCGCCUACGGACAGAUCAAAAUACAUAUAUUCUAGGAAAUAUUGGGGAUCACAACAUCGUUAUUGCCAGUUUACCAAGCGGUGCAUAUGGAAACGUAUCAGCUGCCACAGUGGCGAUGCAGUUGCGGUCGAGCUUCUACUCUAUCCAGUUCGGUCUGAUGGUCGGUAUCGGUGGAGGUGUGCCAAGCAAGAAGGUAGACAUUCGACUAGGCGAUAUUGUGGUGAGCCAGCCGACAGACACAUCUGGAGGCGUGAUCCAAUACGGUCUGGGGAAAGCGUUGAGUGAAGGCCGAUUCCAGCGGGUGGAGGUCCGCGCCAAAAUGACGCCGCGGAUAGCUGCAAACUUUGCACGACCAACCAAAGAGGACAAUUUAUACCAAACAGAAUAUGAACAUGGAGCAUCUGAUACCUGUGCCGAUUGUGACCGGUCCAAGCUGAUUGCGCGGCCUUUGCGAAUGUAUGAAGAACCGGUGAUUCACUAUGGACUGAUCGCAUCUGCAAAUCAGGUUGUGAAAGACAGCAUACGGCGAGACCAGCUGGGCUGA